AAGCCACCGUGCCAUGGCAAAAUGCAAAGAUGCACCGUGAUCCGGCGGCAAGCGGAGCCGAUUGAAAGAAAACGGAGUGGUGUCAUUGCGGCAAUUAUCGGGAACUGAAGAACGGAUUUGAGAAGAAUUUGAAAUGAAGAAGUCGCUACUGCCGGCGAAAAAGAUAUCCGGCGGCACUGAGAAGCAGGUUUCCGGCAAGGAAGCUCUGGUUAAGCUUUUGAGAUGGCAUUUCGGUUAUUCCGAUUUCCGCGGCAAGCAGUUGGAGGCAAUCCAAGCUGUUUUAUCAGGUAGAGAUUGUUUUUGUCUAAUGCCGACUGGAGGAGGGAAAUCAAUGUGUUAUCAAAUUCCGGCUCUGGCGAAAACAGGAAUCGUGCUUGUUGUUUCUCCAUUAAUAGGAAAUUGCUUUAAACUUGAUCUUCUGUUCUCCAAUUUUACUGGCAGCCUUGAUGGAAAACCAAGUGAUGGCAUUGAAGGAGAAAGGAAUUGCUGCGGAAUAUCUCUCUUCGACCCAAACAUCACAUUUGUGAAUGCAUUGUUACUGGGGAUUCAUGAAGACCUUGAUUCUGGAAAACCAUCUCUGAGAUUGCUGUAUGUAACACCAGAACUUAUUGCAACUCUGGGGUUUAUGUCAAAGUUGGCAAAGAUUCACUCUAGAGGAUUAUUGAAUCUAAUUGCUAUAGAUGAGGCUCACUGCAUCUCAACAUGGGGCCAUGAUUUCAGGCCUAGUUAUCGUAAGCUUUCAUCUUUGAGGAACCGGGUCCCAGAUGUACCAAUAUUGGCUUUGACGGCUACUGCAGCUCCCAAGGUUCAGAAGGAUGUUAUAGACUCUUUAAGCUUGCAAAAUCCUGUAGUCCUUAAGUCUUCUUUCAACCGUCCAAAUAUUUAUUAUGAAGUUCGAUACAAAGAUCUUUUGGAUGAUGCCUAUGCGGAUUUGUGCAACAUUCUCAAAUCCUAUGGAGAUGUUUGUGCAAUUGUUUACUGUCUUGAACGUGCUACCUGUGAUGAGUUGUCCAUUCAUCUUUCUAGAAAUGGCAUUUCAUGUGCUGCUUAUCAUGCAGGGUUAAAUAACAAAUUGCGCACAUCUGUUUUAGAUGAUUGGAUUUCCUCCAAGAUACAAGUUGUUGUGGCCACAGUGGCAUUUGGCCUUUUUCUUUUAUAUCCUACUUGGAGCUGCUGUGGUGUGUGCACAGUAAUUCAGAUACUGCUCUUCCUUCAGGAUGACAGACAAGAUGUCAGAAUAGUUUGUCAUUUUAAUAUCCCAAAGUCUAUGGAAGCCUUUUAUCAAGAGUCAGGCAGAGCUGGACGUGAUCAGUUGCCUUCAAGAAGUCUGUUGUACUAUGGUAUUGAUGAUCGAAAAAGAAUGGAAUUUAUUCUAGGGAAUGCUGAGAGCAAGAAAUUACAGUCCUCAAGCUCACAAGGGGAGCUGUCGAAAAAAUCCUUGUCAAACUUUAAUGAGAUGGUUGAAUAUUGUGAAGGUUCUGGGUGCCGUAGGAAAAAGAUUCUUGAGAGCUUUGGAGAACAGGCAUCUACAUCACUUUGUCAAAAAACAUGUGAUGCCUGCAAACAUCCCAAUCUAGUUGCGAGGUAUCUGGAGGAGCUCACAACUUCUUGUACUGUUCGCCAGAGAAAUAGCUUUUCACAAGUUUUAACAAGCAGGUGUGAUCUAUUCCUUAUUUUGUUUUUAUUUGUUUGGCCAAUGGUCCAUUCUGUUCCAUGCUUAGCAGAAGAAAAGAUACAUAUUUUCUCCUUUUUCAGCGAUAUGUAUUCUUAUUGAAAAGCUCUAUUCUGUGGACUGUAAAAUGCAAUGACCACAAACCUUUAUAUCUCCAAUCAGCAUGUUAGGUACUAGAGAUCUCAUAUUUGUCAUCUGUGCUUUAUGUUGAUUGAGAAUGACUGUCAUUUUUAAGUGGCAAGGCAAUAGUACUUGGAUUGCUGUUUGUACAUACAAAAAGGGCUACUGUAUUACAGAUUUACAGUACUCUACAACAUGGAGGUAUUAGAUUAAUUAAACUGAAGUUUUGAUU